AUGGAAUGUCAACAAUGUAAAAAAAGCAAUGUGAAUAAACGUAAAGUUAAACAAAAUGAAAGUUUACCAAAACGGAAGAAAUGUAAUGAAUCGAACGACAAUUCUGUUGUCCAACAGCAAAUGAAUAGCAAUACCGGCCAAAACAACAAUACAAAGGCAGUUCAAGGAGCCACUGAGCCGACUUCUAAGCGACGGCCAAUUAACCUGAUUAUCAGACAUUUUCCAACAUUUUCAUCUUCCUUAGCUACUGCUCCAAUUGCUCGAAUUUCAGGUCCUCCAAUGAUUUCAGAUGCUUUAGGUGUUAUGAGGCAGCAGACUUCAAAUAACGCGCAAAGAAUUCCGCUCAGAAUAGCUCGACAUGUUUCAAGCAAUCAGGAACAGGAUCGUCUCAUCAGAGAUAUAUCCGGAGAUAAAGUAGCAGAAGGUCAUUUAAAUGGACAGAUUGCUGUUGCAGUUCCAGAUUACCGGGAAGGAUCAAAUAUUAAUCGAGGGAGAUCAGAUGGAUUUCGAACUCCUUUGCAAUCAUCGAAAUCAUAUUUUAAAUAUUGUAAUGAUCUUUUGAUGGCACCAAAGAAGCGUCAUUGUCCUCGCUAUCAUAGGACGACAGAACCUUCAGCGGCAUUUAUGUUAAGACUACCACGUUGA